AAAAUAACAUUAAUAAUAUACUUACUUGUAUCUAGUAAAUGGUUUGGGACUGAGAGACUUUUAGUAGGGGCAACAUAUCCUUCAAAAGUCUCAAUAAAUCCUCGACUUUGAGCGACCGCCAUUUUGGACGUCGUCUGAAUGAGUCCACAAUGGUUGGCAUGGAAACCAGGCUAUUCCCCAGGCCAGGCCUCGCUACACAGGGAACCCAAACUUACUACUGAGUUGAUGUCGAAUWUGUCUGAGUAGGUGGCUACUCCUGGUUUCUUGUUAUUUUGUGAUGGAAACGGAUGGAAAUUAUCCCAUGAGAGCCAUGUGCCAAUUUGAAGCGAUUCUGUAGCAUUAAAUCCAAAAGCGAUUUUUUUGUGGACGUUCUGGAGCGGCUUGUAGUUGCUUCUUUGAGACCUUUGUACCAGACUCAAACAUUCACCAAGUUGUUCAAGUUGUCCAGAUUGUACCCUAUAACCUAUAACAUGAAAUCUUUUAUUACAACUGAUUUUAUAAUAGGGGAAUAGGCUUGAAGAUGCCACAAAUGGCUCAGAUAUACAUUGCUGCAUGGGGUGUAUUGGUGRUUGGACUUUUUCUGUCUACGUUUGGGUUGUUCUGGAGCUUUAUGUUCAUAGUUUAUGCAGUACUAUUCGUGAUAGGGUUUCUUUGUGUUCUUGGCUAUUUUGGUUAUGUUCAAUCUCUAGAAAGAAUAAACAAAAUGGCAUUGUCAAAUCUAGAGCUGCCAGAACAAGGUWUGGAUAMGAUUCUSCAAGAAGUUUGGAAAUCUACCAGAAAAUCAUACAAAAUGGACAAACGGCUGACUGGCUCGAGUAUCAUUGAUGAACCUUUGCAAGAGGUUCUUCAGUUUUUCUUUCGUGACUAUGUGCAUAGCUGGUAUUGUACGAUAAGCGGUGAUGAAGARUUUCUAUAUGAUCUUAGACACACACUUCAAAGGGCCUUGAUUGCAUUCUCCAAUAGGUCUAAAGAUGUUGAAUGGGUGAAUUUUUUGACAACUCGUUUUGUCGAUGACAUCACCAAUCAUUUGAAGAUUUACAGACUUGCAAGGGAAAGAUUAGAUAAAAUCACAAGUAAUGAGGGUGAUGACACAUCUGAAACCAUUGAGAAGAUUUUCUUUCAAGUUGAGUCAGAAAUGGAGGGAGGGAUUUGUAGAGAAAACAUUUGUCUCUUUGAGCAAAGUGAAAAGGAAUACCUUUGUGACAUCAGUGAAAUGCUGCUGUAUUUGCUGCUUCCACAAGAGGACUUUCACAAUAAACCAUUCCGAUACCUGUUUAGGGAAAUGAUUGCAACCUGUGUGCUUUUYCCUUCAGUCAAGACUGUUUGUGAUCCUGAUUAUAUCAAUCAAACAAUUGUUUGGCUUUGCAAAGACUCCACAUUCACAAGAGAAGCUUUCUUGACAGUUAUUAGCGAGGGUUUGAAUUCACUAGAUGAUGUUGAAGCAGUCAAAGACAAAGUUGAAGUGGAGAUUUUUAAACUCAGAGCACAUGACUCUGAAUCUACUGAUGCUGCUGAUGCUGCAGUUAGACAACARCUUAGCAGUUUGUUGUAUGUACAGAAGCUCUGUGAAGCUAAGAUAMGAUUGCUCAAAUAUGGUGGGGAGUUACCACCAGAGCUUCCAAAGGAAAAUCCUACUGAACCAGACCAAGUGUUUGUCCCAAGUCAGCCUGUACCUAUCCUGCCAUUACAAGUCAUUCUAGAUAACAACACUGCAUUGUCAUACUUUAUUGAAUUCAUGAGCUCUCUCAAUGGACAAGUUUAUUUAUACUUUUGGUUGGCAGUAGAGGGUUAUAGGGUAACAGCAGAGCAGCAGUUAUCAGUAAGAAAGGAAAAACAACUGCUUUCAGAAGAGAGCGAUAAAGUUAGACGYCCAUCUUUGUCAAGACAGACAUCAUCCUCUUCAGGGCUAAGUGAUCUUCGUGGAGCAGCCAAGAGUAUUUUUGAUCAAUAUCUGUCAGAGCAGGCAGACCCAAGAGUAUCUGUUUCAAAAGAUCUUCUCAAGAAAACAUUAAAACGAGUCUCACAAGAGGAACCAUCUGCUGAUUGUUUUGAUGAUGCUCAGAAAAUGGUGUAUGAUGAGCUUGGUCAAGACAAGUUUUACGGCUCAUUUCUUAACAGCCAAGCAUACAUGAGGUGUCUUCUUGACCUUGAUGUGCUAAAAGAGAAUUCAGAGGAUGAUGACACCAUAUCAGUUGCAGAUGAUGAUUCAGAAACCAGAAGUCUGCCAGGCAGUUUAUCAAGCUUUUCAGGCUCACAAGAGGAUAUCAYAACAGGAAAACUAUGGACAUCUGAUGAUGAUUUGCGACUUACUGCAAGCAUUAAUGAAAUAGGUCUAUGUAAAGAAGCAGGCAAGUCAUUUGCUGUUUAUGCCAUCUCUGUAUUUCGUGCCACACAAGAUGGUACAAACACGUGGACUGUSUAUCGACGAUACAGUGAUUUUGAUGACCUUCACAUGCGUGUUAAGGACAAGUUUGGUUUAAUUCCAGUUCUUCUUCUUCCUGGUAAGAGAACAUUUCGUAACAUGGACAAAGAAUUCCUGGAAAAACGAMGAGCGGCUUUAGAUUCGUACUUACAGAAUGUGCUGUCAACYGASCUUCUUGAGCAACAUCCAGGCCUUUUUGAAAUCGUCGCAAAUUUCCUUGAACAUGGAAAAUACGCACGUGAAAAAGGACAGUUCGCCAGAAAGGUGCAUAACUUUCGUCAUUCUGUCCAUAAUGUAUCGCAUGCUAUCAAGACUGUACCACUGGGCUUGUCUGAGGGUGUAAAUAAAAUAUUCAAGCCUGGUGUUGAUCGAGAAGUCAAAGAUGACUCAAAACAAGUUUAUGCAGACGUUGACUUUGAGGAUGAUGACAAUAUUGCCCUAAGAGUGCUGUUACUAUUAAUGGACGAGAUAUUUGAUCUCCAAGACAGAAAUUUAUGGCUUCGUCGUCGUAUUAUUGUAGUAUUGAGACAGAUUAUCAAAACGACUUAUGGUGAUAGAAUUAACAGGAAAAUCGUUGAGAGCGUGAAUUACAUGACUUCAGCAGAGCAAAUAGCAGAAUAUGUAAAAAUGUUCAGGGAUUCGUUUUGGCCAGGCGGUGUCUUAGCAGGGCCACGAACUGAGAGGAAACUGGAUGUUAAAAUGAGAACMCGUGUUGCUGGGCGAACCAAGAUGUUUGGAUCAAUACCAGAGGACUUGAGCAGAUUUCUUGGAAAUGAUGUUACAAUGGAUGGUGUUUGUCGAGUUUUUGACACUUUCCAAUAUGCUUCAUUCAACAAACGUAUAUUGUACGUCCUACUMGAAGGCAUCCUGGAACAACUWUUCCCAGACAACAAAUUUUCGGAAAUAUUUAGAAAGAUCCAUGCAAGAAAUUCAUAYCAAUGGAGGAUUUACUGGUAGUUUUAUCAUUCUGUUUUAUGGAAAAUGCAAUAGCGUGAUUUCUAUUUGGUCUAAGGGUCAUCAUUUUCCAGGAAGGAAACAAAGCCGUUAUGAAAACACGGGAGUAAGAUUCGAAAAAACAGAAAAGGGAAUUCAUUUGAGAUGGCAUUCAGCACACUCUAAGAACAAAGUUAAUUCAAAAAGUAAAGAACUGUAUUUAUGAAAAUCUUAAAUUGUGAUUUCUUCCAGCAUAAUAACACAYACAAAUGUUUAAUUACUUUAUUUCAAGUGCUAUUGAAUGCUAGUAUUCAGGUUAUUUAUAAAUACUUCACAGUUUUUUCUAUUAUUGUUCUAUUCUAUUAUACUUAAAGUGCUUUACUGUUAUACAGCUUGCUUGUGUUUAAAUUAAGUUAAAAUAGUGCUUCUUUGUGUCCAUGAAUUCUAUAUAAUUCUUGUUUUCAAAAGGUGAAAUAAUUUAGUUGCAUCAUUAUGGCAUAAAAUAGAUGAGUAAGUUGCAAAAAGUGRGACAAAACAGGAACUCCUGCAGCUUAUCAUUCCAAUUAACUUUAUAAAUAAUUAGACAAAAUUUGGUUAUAAAUUAAAAGGAUUAAUAAUUCCAGUUUCUGAAAACUGUCAGUUCUACCUCAGUCACUUUUGACUAUAGCAGUGAAGUCUUUGAAGAGUUGAUUUUGUCCAUCAAUCAAAUAAUKAACUUAUUGCUCAUC